GGAGGAGGAGGAGGGUGCCGGGUGGCCGCGCACGGCGAGACCCCGGGGGCAAGCCCACCCGAGCAGGAUGGCAGACAUGCAGGGAUUGAUCGAGAGGCUGGAGCGAGCCGUCAGUCGCCUGGAGCUGCUGUCUCCCGAGUCCCACCAGCCGCCUGGGAACUUUGGGGAGAUGAAUGGUGUCAUCGCAGGUGUGGCCCCCUCAGUGGAAGCCUUUGAUAAGCUGAUGAACAGCAUGGUGGCCGAGUUUUUAAAGAAGAGUAGGAUCCUUGCUGGGGAUGUGGGGACUCAUGCAGAGAUGGUGCACAGUGCCUUCCAGGCCCAGCGUGCGUUCCUCCUGAUGGCGUCACAGUACCAGCAACCCCAAGAGAAUGACGUGGCGGCACUUCUGAAACCAAUAUCGGAGAAGAUUCAGGAAAUCCAGACCUUCCGAGAGAAAAACCGGGGAAGUGACAUGUUUAAUCAUCUCUCAGCUGUCAGUGAGAGCAUCCCAGCCCUGGGCUGGAUCGCUGUGUCCCCCAAACCCGGCCCUUAUGUCAAGGAGAUGAAUGACGCAGCCACCUUUUACACUAACAGGGUCUUAAAGGACUACAAACACAGUGACUUACGCCAUGUGGAUUGGGUGAAGUCCUAUUUGAACAUUUGGAGUGAGCUUCAGGCAUACAUCAAGGAGCACCACACCACUGGCCUUACUUGGAGCAAAACAGGGCCAGUGGCAUCGAGCGCCUCCUCCCCAGUUCUCUGCCUGGGGCCUGCCCCGCCUCCCCCUCCUCCUCCUCCACCUCCUCCUGGGCCACCUCCACUUUUUGACAACGAAGAACCACGCAAGGAGCCGUCCUCUCCUUCACGCUCAGCUCUAUUUGCCCAGCUCAACCAAGGGGAAGCCAUCACAAAAGGACUCCGGCACGUCACUGACGAGCAGAAGACACAUAAGAAUCCCAGUCUCCGGGCCCAGACGCCCUCGCCAACCAAAAGCCGCACAGCUGCUCCCUCGGCGCCCCACUCCCAGCCUCCUCAGAAACAUGCUCCGGUGCUCGAGUUGGAAGGAAAGAAGUGGCGAGUCGAGUACCAAGAGGACAGGAAUGACCUGGUGAUUUCAGAGACAGAACUGAAACAAGUGGCUUACGUUUUCCAGUGCAACAAGUCUACCCUGCAGAUCAAGGGGAAAGUGAAUUCCAUUACAAUCGACAACUGUAAGAAGUUUGGCCUUGUGUUUGACAAUGUGGUAGGCAUUGUGGAAGUGAUCAAUUCCAGGGACAUUCAAAUGCAGGUAAUGGGGAGAGUGCCCACAAUUUCCAUUAAUAAGACGGAAGGCUGCCACAUAUACCUCAGCGAGGAGGCACUGGACUGUGAGAUUGUGAGUGCCAAGUCAUCAGAAAUGAACAUCCUGAUUCCUCAGGACGGGGACUACAGAGAAUUUCCCGUUCCAGAACAGUUCAAGACAGCGUGGGACGGAUCCAAACUGGUCACUGAACCUGCAGAAAUUAUGGCCUAGCCUACAGAGAGACUGGACCCCUUGACACAAUUCCCACCUCCCCCUUCUUCCUCCCCAUCAAAAUUCUUUCAAAAAGCAGCAUUAAAGACCUAGAAGUCGCAGUAACACCUACAGCUUUCUUGUUGACCGCCAACAACUCUGUUGAUACGAGCUACAUCCAUUCUGGCAGGCUUUCAUGGGCAUUUUUGGAGUAUUUCACAUUGCUUCACGACUGGCUUUUGUGUGUGUUGAUUUGAGUUCCACGUGAUGACUUGUGAGCAUUGCAUUAAUGGGAAGAGGAGGAAUCCUGUUCCCUUCCUAUUAUUAUCAUGGUAGCACUAGGUAAACAUAUUGCAUGGUUCACUUUGACACUUAGGUUUGUUGCUAGUUAAAAACUAAAGCCUUUAAGAAUUUGCAUUAUGCAUUUUGACCUCUAACCAUUUUACUAUGCUGUAUCUGUUAGAUGCUCAGAAAAAUAGGAUUGCUUUCUUAUUUUUCCUACAUGCUUACCUUUAUCAGCAUGAGUAUACUGUCAGCAUGAACACAUAUUUCAGCCUAGUUUUAAAAUUACCAAAAAGCUCAUACUAAUUGGACCAUAUUCAAUUUCUUGGUCCUUGGAAGAUCUGUAUGCUUUAUAGAUACUUAAAACAGAAAGUAAACUAUAUUGAUUUACACCCUUUUCUGCCAUAUCACUCGAAAAACCUUUAGUAAACAGAAAGUAAACUCUCCCAAUGAUUUACACCUUUUUCUGCCGUAUCACUCGAAAAACCUUUCAUUUUGUCUUUAAAGAUUAUUAUACCAAGAGAGUGACGAAAUAGGUUUUUAUUUGUUUCUUUGCUCUGUAAUACCUCACAAUUUUGCUCUCAAAUUUUUUUUCCAGUUUUGACCCUAUGAAAUAUCCAGUGUCCUGCACAUGCUGUCUUUAAUGUUUCAUGAUGACUGCUUUUGUGUGUGAGUGCGUGGGAAAGAGGGAUCCCAGGACUCAUACAUGCAGAGCGUACACACAGCACUACAUCCCAUGCCAUGACCACUUUCUUCUUUACUCUUGCCAGAUAUGCUUAAUAGUCUCAAAAAUGAACAUUAAAAAAAGCCAUAGCUGGAUUAUGUCUUCAAAAACCUUCAGAAUGAUUGGUUGGCUUUGCUUGCUGCUCUUAUUUUUCGUAUUGGUAGCACAUGCUUUUCAAUAUCAGAGUAAGCAUCAUAUUUCUUUGUAUCUUCCCAGCACAGCUGAAAAUUUUGCAACUUCUUAGAUGAUAUGUAAUAAAUUAUAGUAUAUCGUACAAUGCUUGCAGACCUAACACUAGCAUAUAUAUUGUGCCUAUUACAGCCUUUGGAAGACAUAAUUUCCUUUUGUAAAAAUAGCUUCGAUAUCCGUGUAGUUCAAAUUCCUAACGCUCAUGCACUGAGGUUUUGCUAUAAAAGUUUUAUCUAUAUGAAUAAUGUUGUGGCUUUUAGUAACUACCUUUUCGACUAUAAUCUUAUUCUGAAAUAAAGUAAAAUUCUAAAUUGUUUAUAUACUGUGAUGAA